UGAAAGGUGCUUCGACUAGUGAGAAGGCGGUACAGUCAUGAAGCUGCUAAUUAUUCUCAGUGUAUGCCUGGCGGUGUACUCGACUUCCACCCACGCUGGAGAGGUUCUCGAAACGAAAACACCGCAGAAGCGUGCCUUGCUCGGUGGAUAUGGAUACGGAAAGUAUGGAGGGUACGGCGGAUAUGGACUAGGGAAGUAUGGAUAUGGCGGAUAUGGUGGAUAUGGUGGAUAUGGCGGAUAUGGUGGGUAUGGUGGGUAUGGUGGAUACGGUGGAUAUGGAGGUGGUAUCGCAUUAGGAGGUGGUGCCUUGAUCGGUGGUGGGGGGCUCGGUGCCGUAGUCGGAGGUGGAGGUAUCGGUGGCGUUGUCGGUGGUGCGGCCGUAAACCUAGCACCAACAGUAGUGAGAAACAUUCACACACAAUCAACGAUCACGCAACCCGUGCCGGUCCCUGUGCCGACUCCAGUGCCAGUUCCAGUUCCACAACAUAUCCCAUACCCUGUACAAGUGCCCGUUCCCGUUCCUGUGGUGAGGCCCGUCCCUCAUCCAGUGCCAGUGCCAGUAUCGGUCCCAAGCCCUUAUCCAGUACAUGUGCCCGUUGACAGACCAGUACCAGUUCCGGUACCACAGCCGUACCCAGUAACCGUUACUAGAACUGUCCCAGUGUCGGUGCCUCAGCCUAUUCCUGUGCCGCAGCCGGUGCCAGUGCCUCAGCCAAUCCCGGUGCCACAGCCCAUACCGGUUCCUGUGGGCGGCGGUGGUAUUGCCAUCGGCGGAGGUGGCCUUGCCCUAGGAGGUGGCGGUCUCGGAGGCAUAAUCGGGGGAGGACCUGGUGUCAUUGUAGGCGGAGGUCCAGGCGUCGUCGUUGGCGGAGGAGGUCUCUACGGUGGUGGCGGCGGUCUCUACGGUGGUGGCGGCGGCAUCAUCGGUGGAGGAUCCUAUCUCGGUGGAGGAUCCUAUCUCGGUGGAGGAUAUGGGGGCCACGGUUACGGAUACGGUGGAAUCAAGAAAAUCUACGGCUAGAAUUAUUUUUAGCAUCUAAACACAACUUCAAAAUAGUCACUUUAUUCAAGCGUCAUUGCGAUACUUAAAAUACGUCAAACUUUGGAUCACGCACGCGACAGAGGAACGAUACUCAAAUGUAGGUCCUAAGAAUUAUGUUUCUUUCUCUUCGCUAUCUGUUGUCGUUGUUUUCCACUACCUGCGCUUGUUGUAAUCAAUACCAUAAUAUAGGAGCUUUUUUAUGAAAUGUACACGAGAACGAGAGAAGCGAUUAGUGCAAGAAAUAAAUU